AUGGGAUUCAGGGAGAAUGAUUUGCCUGCAUCUCACAAAACUGGCAAACAUAUUUCCACCAUCCUCUCUCCCACCUGCGGCGGCGAGGAUCCCUUGCUGACACUGUGCUCUUACCUCAACUGCCUCACCAGGCGGACGCCGCGCACCACCGGGGAGCUUGUCUCGUUCUUCCACAAUUUCGGGAAUUCACUGCAGUCAUCAUCUUCACUGCGCUCCACCCUCUCCACUCCACAUCGCCACUGCCCCGACUGGGACCGUCUCCAGGCCGCCUACCUCCAAGCCGUCCAGGACAUCCGGGGCUCCGCCCCUCCCAACUCCAUCCACGACAAGGACCAUCCCAGGACUCUGUCCACACUGCUCGGCUGCGGCAUCGAUAACGCCAACUGCCCACAACUCACGAAGCCCAUCACCUACCGUGCCUACGCCCUGUACUCUUCCAGCUUCGUCCACGACUACCUCAGCUGGGCGGUGUACCUGGCAGACAGACUCUGGGACUCCCUUCUCAUGCUGCUAUAUGAUCUCGAGGGCCUUCAGUGUUCCAAGUCCAAGCCCCUCCACCAGUGUGACAGGGCCCUGCCCCUCCUCUACCGUCACGGCAUCGCACCGCCGGACGGGACACUGCAGUCCUCACUCACGUGUUCGAAGGUCAUCGUCAAGCUGGAGGAGGUGGUUGCAGGUGGGCCUAUCGCAACGCUUAUGACCUGUAUGGACGCAUUCCUCUACCGCAUCCGUGCCCCCUUCCUCUACACUCUGUUCACGCUCUGGCUCAUCGCCACGCUCUACAUCCUCCACUCACUACUAUACCGCAUGGAUGUCCUCCGCAUACGAUCUCACCUCCUCACCACCAGGGCCUCUCACCUCAUCGACGUCAAGGCCUUACUCACUAAAGGCCGGAAGGUGCUCUCACUCUACAAGGACGUCGACUACUUCGACGACGACCCAAUGGGUCAACUCGAUAUCUCAAAUUAA